AUGUGCACUCCAAACGGCCAAGAUGUUUCGGAAUUCAGCAUCCUCACACCAAACGCGAUGCUUGGCUACGGUUACCGCUCUGGGGAUUUCUGGUACGGAAUCACAAAGUACCGACCCGCGGCCAUUAUCGUGGACAGCGGAUCCACAGAUGGCGGCCCAUACAAGUUAGGGAUGAACAAGAUGACCUGUGGAAAGGGGUCGUACAUUCGAGACCUCGAGCCGAUCUUGACUGCGUGUUACCACCUGAAAAUCAAGGUGCUGAUCGGCUCGGUGGGUGGCGAUGGCAGUACGAAACACGUUAAGGAGAUGCUCGAUAUUGUCACCGGUAUCUCCGAAAGGCUUGGAUACAGUUUCAAAGUUGCGACCAUUGACGCGGGUAUGAAUCGAACUUUGGUCAAUGAACGAAUAGAAAAGUCUCAAGUCUUCCCUUGCGGGCCGGUGCAGAAUCUCAUACACGAGGCUGUGGAUAACGCUGUAGACAUAGUGGCACAGAUGGGAGCUGAGCCAUAUAUCGAGGCCCUUAAAGGCGACCCGGACAUCAUUCUCGGCGGGCGCUCGUACGAUCCCGCUCCCUUCGCAGCUUUCUGCAUGGCACGAGGCAUCCUUCCAGGUGUUGCUUGGCAUAUGGGCAAAAUCUUGGAAUGCGGAGGAAUCUGCGCAGUUCCAAAAGGUAGAUCCAUGAUUGCAAUCAUGAGGCGGGAUUCAUUUGACCUGAACCCUCUUGCGCCCGAGGAGCGUUGCACCCCACUUUCGGUAGCUGCCCACACCUUGUAUGAGAAAACAAGGCCGGAUAGACUGCCUGGGCCAGGUGGAGUUCUCGUCCUUGACAGCGCUGCAUACUCGCAAAUCACGGAGAAAACCGUCAGAGUCAGCGGUGCCGAAUUCAUUCCUACUCCUUAUCAAGUCAAGCUGGAAGGAGUGGCGCAUCUGGGAUAUCGUACUGUCUUCGUGGGUGGUAUCCGCGAUCCAAUUCUAAUCAGUCAAAUCGACGACUUCCUCGAUCGAGUACGGAAAUAUACCCAGAAGCUCUUCCCAGAGCUUGAUCAGAGCGAGGAUUGUCGUCUCAUCUUCCACAUUUACGGUCAAAACGGCGUUAUGGGUCCCCUUGAGCCCCGGUCAAUCCCGAGCCAUGAGAUUGCCGUCGUUGGCGAAGUCGUGGCCCCGACGCAGGAGCUGUCGCAUACGAUUGCGAACAAUGCUAGAGCCUCUAUCCUUCACUUCUCCUACAACGACCAGAUGGCUACAACGGGGAAUUUUGCGAGUCCGUUUUCUCCCCAUGAACAAGAGGCCGGCGCCGUCUUCAAGUUCACUUUAUAUCAUCUCAUGAAUUUGGAGAAGGAUGAGGAGGUCUCACUGUUUCCAGUCUCCUUCCACCAUAUUGCGUCCAACCGGGAGCCGCAGCUAUUUCAACCAAUCUCGGAAGAGGAGAUUCGGGUUCACGAGAGUGGCACUCUUGCCCCGCUCACGUAUAAAGAGAAUCCACCAGGGCGGGCAAAGCUCAGUCAAGUGGCCCGAGUCAUUCGUUCAAAAAAUUCGGGGCCGUUUGAGCUCACCUUUGAUGUGAUCUUUGACAACGCUGAUGCCUACCACCGCGUCAAGAGUGCAAAUGUGUUGACAAAAGAGACAAUGCAGAGGCUGUAUAAUCUGACAGAAAACGAAAUCUUGGUUAGCAUGUUCUUCGACCCAGCGCUCGCGUGGAAAUGUACGAUCAAGAGGCCAUGGGCCCAAGGAAGUGUAGGCGAACGAGACACGCUGGGGACGCAACAACACGCACCGCUUCUCGACAUCGAAGUUCCCCCGGUAGAGAACUCGGGCCAUAACGGUGUGCAAGGUGGGGGAACCAGAUCCCGGGGACACGCCGUUCGCGAUCGCGAGCUGUUCACUCCAUCGAAGAUUGUCGAGGAGAUCUGGGUGGGGCUCGGUCUUCCAGCCGCCGCGCUGGAUUCCGUAUCAUUGCAAAGCGACGGCAAGCCAGCUUUGCCCUCAUCCUUCAAAAUCGGAUGUCUUGCUCAGAGCACGAUCGCACUGUCAGCACUGGCAGCGGCACUGAUCCAUUCCAUUCGCAACAAGACAAUAGUGCCUCGAGUCACCGUUGAGCGACGGCACGCAGCGGCAGAGUUUAAGUCCGAAAAACUGUAUAUCCUGGACGGGAAGCCUGCUCCAAGCGCGUGGGGCGCCAUUGGAGGUCUCCACGCCACAGCCGAUGGAUACGUUCGCAUCCACGAUUCAUUUCCCAACCACAGGAACGGUGCGCUUCGUUUGCUAGGGCUAGAUUCGGCAGCCACCCGCCCAGACGUCACGAGAGAGACCAAGAACUGGGCCAGCAUUGAUCUCGAGACCGUCGCAUUGCAGGACAAGCUGGUCAUCUACGCCCUCCGAACCUACCAGCAGUGGGACGUGCUCCCCCAAGCGAAAGCCCUCUCCGACUUCCCCAUAACGAUCGAAAAGCUAUCUGCAGCAGGGACGGCCGGCCUCCCAUCGCGAAUGGGACCCGGAAAUGACCGUAGCCUCCGCGGCCUCCGGGUCCUAGAACUGAGCCGGGUCAUCGCCGCUCCACUCGCCGGCAAGACGCUGGCCGCCCACGGCGCCGACGUGCUCUGGGUGACGUCGCCCACGCUGCCCGACCUCCCCGCCAUCGACCGGGAGUUCGGCCGCGGCAAGCGGACGAUCCAGCUGGACAUACGCAACGCGGAAGACAAGGAGAGGCUCUUCGAGCUGAUCAGGACGUGCGACGUGCUCAUCCAAGGCUUUAGGCCGGGCAGCCUCGCGGCUCAGGGGCUGGCACCUGAGCAGCUGGUCGCCCUCAACCCGAAUAUUAUCUGUGCGAAUAUGUCGGCGUUUGGCCCGGAUGGACCGUGGGCUGGGCGCCGUGGCUUUGAUUCCAUCGUCCAGACCUGUUCGGGGAUGAAUGUGUCGGAGGCCGAGCACUAUGGACAGGGCGAGCCGGCCCGCCCUACGCCAUGCCAGGCGCUUGACCACGGCGAGCUGUUGAAGGAGGGUCAUAUCGCGUAG